GAGCAAAGAAGUUGGUGCCUGAAAAAGUACCCAUAAUUUUCAAGCCUCGAUAAAUCACGUGGUGUCCGAGGGGUCAUUUUUGCCUUUCGCAGCAUUGCCAUUACCGGAUGACUCCCAUUUCCCCUUCAUCUUGAAAUCGACGUACGUGAGACUGAUCGAAGUCUGCACAUCCCAUCGGUUCUUGCCAUGUCUGAACAUCUUGGAGAAAUCGAGCGACUCCGGCAUGAGCUAGAACAAGCAAAGGCGCGAGAGGAACAGCUCAGGUUCCAGGUCCAAGAGACCACGCUGGGAGAGUAUCUACACGACUGCCACUUUCACAUUUUCAAAGCUCUCCGGAUCGCCGACAAGUCCUUAUCUUCCACUGGACAUGCCACCAGAGUCGAUGACAAGCGCUACCCCAUGUGGCUUCGUCGUUGGAGCGACUUUACCGACCUCCAGCGAGACCAUUUCGACGAGAUCAACAGGGCCUUUGGUGACAAGAGAUUACUUACUCCAUCGAUUGCUACCCGCCAUCAAAAGAAGGUCGUCUGCCGGGCUCCGGUAGCUACCGAAAAAGACAUCGACAUUUUCGUGAAAGUUGCGAUCGAAUCACCUGUAUGCGAGAUAUUCCAGAAGCUAGUCGAAGCCGAUCCCUACAUAUGCAGGACGUUCAACUUCACCGAGCUAGGAUUCAGUAACAAUAGCCGCGAACUGAAGCGGCAGGGCAACGUCGAUCAGACCGGAGAUUCGGAGCAGGGCCAAGAAAUACAGGGGCGCCGACGGCGAUCUGGACCAAGCAAACGAGUCGCGUCCGAGCAGAAAUUCGAGAAGCCAAGCUACCCUGACGGGCUGGGCAUCCGCAAGCACCUGGGAGGUGACCUGAAUUUGGUCUUCGUUUACGACUACAAGGCGGCCCAUAAACUUACGGUCGAAGAUCUCAAGUCAGCUCUUAUCAAGGAGAAGCUAUUUAUGGAGGUCGUUCAACGGGUUAACUUGGAUACAACCAGAACGGAUCCUGAACUAAAGGGCCGAGAUAAGGCGGAUAAACAAGUUGCUAUAGCUUUAACACAGGUGUCUGAUUACAUGGUUCAAUGUGGGGUUGCGUAUGGCUAUAUCACAGCCGGCAAAUCCUUAGUUUUCCUUCACAUCAGACAAGACGAUCUACGGACAUUAUACUAUCACCUUUGUGUGCCAGAUGAAGAAGCGACUGGCGGAAAUAGAGAUUUUAAGGAAUCCUAUACCGCAGUAGCUCAACUAGCAAGCUUCUGCCUCUUAGCUCUUAGAUCCGACGCUCUCCAAGGACCUGCGCUCAGCAAAGCUGUCGAGAAAGCAAAAUCAGAACUACAAAUUUGGCCGAAACCUUACAAGGAAGCGGAGGAAUAUGUCAAGGCUGAGAACAUGGAUUCUUCAUCACCGGCGCCAUCAUCGCAGGUAACAGCUGGGUCAUUAUAUGAGGAUAAGUCGAACAUACAACUCACGGCUCGAGAAUUCUCCUUACGAUCAAGAUCGACCUGCCAAGACGCUACGGCGAUUCAAAGAGAUGACGAGGACGAUGACGAGGAUGAAGACGACGGCCCCUCCCGAGCUCUGCCAAGAAUGCCGGGAAGCACCGGUGCGAACAAGCGGAAGGAAGGGCCGUCGAGCAGCAGCUCCGAGGACGAUAAUCAGGGGACGUCAUCAGACUCUGAUUCUCCACCUACUAGGCAAUACUGUACGCAGGCUUGCUUAUUAGGUCUUAAGAGAGGAUUGGAUCUUGACGAGAAUUGCCCUAACGUGUCCUUACAUCGCACCGCCGCAAGCAGCACUCGACACCCUAUUAACGCUAGCAAACUUACUUCCCUAGUUGGGGAACGGCUACGCCGAAACCCGUAUCGAGACUGCGUCGCACUAGACCCUUACGGUCUCCAAGGCAAGAUUGGGGCGAUAGGGGCACUCUUCAAGGUUGAACUAGCGCAGUAUGGCUACACAUUCGUCGGCAAGGGGACGCAGUCGGUCCAUUUUGAAUAUUUGCAACAUGAGAGCGUGGUUUAUUCGCAGCUUGAAAGGCUUCAAGGCGAGGUGGUCCCGGUGUACCUAGGGAUCAUCAACCUGGCCAGGCCCUGGGGUUAUGUCCUCCCCGGCGGGGCCUGUGUCGUUCACAUGAUGUUGAUGUCGUGGGCCGGCGAGGUGGCAGCGGAUGUAAACGUGCCGGACUUAGCGACGGAGCGGAAGCGCUCGUCGCGAGCCGUGUGGGGCGAGGGGGUGGAUCAUAAUGAUGAGCGCGAGCCUAACAUACUCUGGAACUGGGAGCGCCAGCGCGUUAUGCUCGUCGACUUUAACCUUGCCGCCCUCCGACCAGUCGUCAAACAUAAACGAUUGUCGAAGUUGUCUAAGAUGGGUAAAAAGAGAAAAUCGGAAGAAGAUAUUCUUGAGAUACUUGGCCGGAAACGUGUAAUGAUGGGAGGGGACAGUCAGCAGGGGUUAGGAAUUUCAGGUAGGGGUCAGGAAUAAGUAGAUUAGUUCAUUUCGAGGGGACAGUCAGCAGGGGUUAGUAUUCAAACUACGGCGCCUACUUAAGGUACGUAUUCACUCACAAUAUACUACUUCGGGGUUUAGUAGAGUCUAGGGAAAAGAGAACGUAGUACGGCUAGCUGAAAUAGUAUAUAAUACGCUACGAUUCAUCUAAUCUCAUAGUGCAGUAAUUACGAGUAAUCCACUCCAAGUAUAC